AUCCGAUCUCCGCAGUUUCUUCCUCGAUUUCAGAGAUCGCGGCAGCUCCCCCACACUAUGAAGGCUCCAUUUCUUUUUCUUUCUUUUGCAAAUUCCCUCUUUCAAAAGACUUCUUUCAUUACGGCAGAACGACCGCCAAACGACGCCACGCCAAUUUAGUGCGCCGCCAAAAAAUAAUUCUGUGUAUCGAGUGGUUUUAUAUUUUUGUUCGUACAUUUAUUUCAGAAAUAGCUCUUGCUUCUUUUAUAGUUAUCAUUAAAAUUCUUCUGAUUGUAAGAAAUAAAUGAAGAGAAAAUAGUUGUUGGAAACUAUUCAAAUCUUGGAAUGAGUUAAUAAGUUACAUAUUGCUGAGCAUUUAAAGCUAGAAGCUCUUUAUGUAUACUUUUGUAGGAAUGAUAGAAACUAAUUAUUGGAUGACAAAUAGUAUAAAAGUGCAAAAUGAACUGUUAGAUCUAUUUCUAUGGUAACAGGCACAGACGCAGAUGAUAAUUCUUCGCAAUUACUAUGAAACUAGUUCUCUGCAAUUUGAAACGAAAAUGUAUUUCUUUAGAAGAAAAUAUAAUUAGUUACUAAAUUGUCUGAUAGAAGGACUACACAAACAAUAUUUAGAAACUGAGAAUAACUUUAUGUGAAAACUACGUAUGCAAAUAUUGCCUAGAAAGUAUAUCCUCCUGAAGUUACCUAAAUAUGAAGGAAAAUGACAUGGUACAUUAGAAAUGGCUGCGGAUACUCCAAACCAGCACCAAGCAUGAGACUGGCUAGUAGGGUGGUUCUCAUCCUAUUCUCCAUCUCAGUUGUGUCUCUUGUGUUAAUCGGCAGAUGUGGUUUGAAGUUGGAACAGGAAUUAAAAGUAGAAAGUUCUGCUGCCGGACCCAUGUCUCCAGAUACUGGCAAUUUUAUGUACCACUUAAGCAACAGCGAAUAUGAAAAUGAUGCCCUAAGGAAGAAGGACGAUGAGCACAAAAUUGAAAUUCAGCGAUUAGAAAAUGAGAUAUAUGAACUGAAGAAGAAGCUGGAAGCAUAUCAGAGAUUGGACGAAGAUAUUCAACCUAUACCUGUCAAAAGCGUAGGUUCUCACAAUUUAUUAGGCGUUGAAGAGUGUGGGGAAUAUAUUGAAAAGCAAAUAUCUGUAGCUGAAUUAAAAGACGGUGUGCCACUUAAUAAUGAAUACGAGGUGCUACCAUUUUCUCAUUUUACUUUUAGCAGGGUUUACCCCGUUGACUUAGGACUUGGUAAAAGAGUGGUUGAGAAGCCCAUUGGAUACAGGCGUAAGGAUCUUUUAGAAGUGUUUGUUCGCGCCUUGGAAAUGGUUAAUAAAAACAGACACGGUAAAUAUAGGUAUGCUGUAGAAGAUUUCGUUGAUGGUGCAUUUAGGAACGAUCCAAUUACGGGAACUCAAUACUCCCUGUACUUCAAACAAAGAAAUUCUUCUAGAACAUACAGAGUUCUUACGUUGGUGCGACCAUUUGCUCCAAUUCAACUGGUAUCAGAUGAUUCUACCAAAACUUCAAAGCAAUUGGUCAACGUCAUCCUACCUCUUUCUGGUAGAAUCGACAAAUUUCGAAAUUUCAUGGACAAGUUCGUUAAAGUUGGGAUAAAACACGACCGUCGCAUUUUCUUAACUGUAGUUUACUUUGGACUUGAUGGACUUGCUGAAGUGCAGCAAUUAUUGACCAAAAUAUCUAAAGAUACUAAAUUUCGAAAUUUUAAACUUUUAACACUGAAUGAUACUUUUUCCAGAGGAAAAGGUCUCCAUGUUGGAGCCGAACAUUGGAGUAAAAGUGAUGUUAUACUAUUCAUGUGCGAUGUUGAUAUCAUAUUUUCAACGAAAUUCCUCGAACGAUGCCGAUUAAAUACCGCACCCGGUAAAAUGGUGUAUUAUCCAAUUGUCUUCAGUCUGUACAAUCCUUCAAUUGUUUAUUCACUUCAAGGUAAAGAUUUACCUUCAGAAUCUGAGCAACUGUUAAUUUCUAGAGAUACUGGAUUUUGGAGAGAUUUUGGCUACGGCAUGACUUGCCAAUACCGAAGUGACUUUUUAAAUAUAAAAGGCUUUGAUGAAGAUAUUAUUGGAUGGGGUGGAGAGGAUGUUAUGCUUUACCGGAAAUACGUUCGUAGCAAAAUAAAAGUUGUACGAUCGACGGAUCCAGGUAUCUUCCAUUUGUGGCACGAAAAAAAAUGUGAUACAAAAACUCUAUCUGUGGACCAACAAAGAGCUUGUUUAAGAUCCCGAGCUUUAAGCGAGGCUUCUCAUGCGCAACUCGGUUUACUUGCGUUUAGUGAUGAACUGAAGCACAAUUCUGAUGAUUCUCAAAUUCCGAUAGAGAUUAAUUCAACUUCUGGACAUAUCACUCAGAAACAAUCAUGAUCAAUGCUGAUUUAUUUAAAAUUUAAUUGCAAGAGAGCUUUUGUGCACAAAAUACAUUUUUACACAUGAAGUAUGAAAUAAAAUUUUUGAGAAUUUUCUAUGUUUUU